AUGGCCACGCCCAUCCGCAAGAAGAGAAACUUCAAGGGACUCGGUCUCAGCGAAAAGGCACUUGCACCGCUGCCUGUCGAGCCAGAGCCAUUACCCAUCCUCGGCCCCAGUCUUGUUGCCUCGAGACCCGCACCAACGCCCGCAUCGCUCUCACUCGGUGCCAAAGGUGGCACAGACACGCCAGCAAGCGAUGCAGAGUCGAUGAUUGCACACAACGGGAGUACGUCGAGCAUCUCGUCUGCCGUCCCUCCUUCUGUCGCGUCAAAGGCCACCUCUGGUGCAUCAGGGGGCCCCAAGAAGAAGAAACCCGUCCCGCUCAGUUUGGGCGCCAAGUCAGUUGGAGGGAGCGCAGCCGCCGCUGCCUCAAACGACAGGCUGGGAGCGGAGGCGCAGACGAAUGGCAACAACGCGGGCAAAGCAGUGUUGGACGAGAAUGGAAUGCUCACUAUCCCAAAUGCAAGUAGUGCGCCUGGGACAGCAACCAUCGGAAGCGUCUCACCAUUUAGGUCUAAUUACCAAUCUGCAUUGACAGAGCAAUUGGAGGCGCUUUCGUUGGGCAAGACGACGAUGAAGGCGGACGAUCUCCGAGAGAUUGGUGACCUCGGAAGCGGAAACGGUGGCAGCGUCAAGAAGGUGACCCAUCUUCCUACGGGCACUACAAUGGCGAAAAAGAUUGUCCUCAUCGACGCCAAGCCGUCUGUACGGAAACAGAUUUUGCGGGAACUCCAUAUUCUACAUGGGUGCCAUGAUCCUCAUAUAGUCUCCUUUUAUGGUGCUUUCGUGACGGAUCCCAACGUUUGCAUAUGCCUCGAGUUUAUGGAUAAGGGCUCAUUGGACAAAAUCUACAAAAAGACUGGACCUAUUCCGAUUGAUGUCGUGGGCAAGAUUGCAUUCGCCGUUCUCAGCGGCCUAACCUACCUCUACGACGUCCAUCGCAUCAUCCACCGAGACAUCAAACCAUCAAAUAUGCUGGUCAAUUCGAGCGGAGAAAUCAAGAUUUGCGACUUUGGCGUAUCGGGCGAGCUCAUCAACUCGAUUGCCGAUACGUUUGUGGGUACAUCGACCUAUAUGAGCCCGGAGCGUAUCCAAGGUGCUCAGUAUACAGUCAAAUCAGAUGUGUGGUCGACGGGAAUCUCUCUCAUUGAACUAGCAUUAGGCCGUUUCCCGUUUUCAGAGUCAUCCUCGGAUGAUUCAGACUUGUCCGAUCUCGAGGGAACGCUCUCACCCAGCCGACCAGGCAACCUGCAGAUGAAUCUGUCGCGGGCUGAAAAGCCAAAGGACAAGCGAAAGUCGAGAGGUGUUAGUCUUCAAGGCGGUGGAAUGACAAUGAGCAUCCUCGAGCUACUGCAGCAUAUCGUCAACGAACCUGCGCCGAGGUUGACACCCGAGGGACGAUUCCCAGUCGAGAGUGAGGAGUUUGUAGACUCGUGCUUGCUCAAGGAUCCAGAUGCACGGCCGACUCCAAAGGAACUAUUGAAUCACGUCUGGAUACAAGACAUUAAGAAGAAGGACGUAGACCUGGUCGCUUGGGCGGCCACGUUCUAA